GCGGGAUCGGGCCGCCUCCCCAAUGCUGCGGGGGCGACCUUGAGCGCGCCCCGGCUUCCUCGGCGGGGACCCCGACACCGCGAACGCUGUGCCCAGUCCUGCCCUCUCCAGCCCGGCUCGCCCUGCGUUCCGACAUGGAGGGGGCCGCUGCUCCCGCGGCCGGGGACGGCCCCGACUUGCGGCCGGGGGCUCCGGGCUCUCCCCCGGAGGUGGUGGCGGGGGCCACCGCAGCCCCCGCGGCGGCGGCGGCGGCGGCCCCGGAGCCCAGGAAGCCGCACGGGGUGAAGCGGCAUCACCACAAGCACAACUUGAAGCACCGCUACGAGCUGCAGGAGACCCUGGGCAAAGGCACCUAUGGCAAAGUCAAGAGGGCCACCGAGAGGUUUUCGGGUCGAGUGGUUGCUAUAAAAUCCAUUCGUAAGGACAAAAUUAAGGAUGAACAAGACAUGGUUCACAUCAGACGAGAGAUUGAGAUCAUGUCAUCCCUCAACCAUCCUCAUAUCAUCAGUAUUUAUGAAGAACGGCGUGGUCCACAGGGACUUGAAGCUGGAAAACAUCCUGCUGGAUGACAACUGCAAUAUUAAGGUAAAGCUCUUGCCUGGUGGAUUGAUACACAGGGCGGGGGAGGGGGUUGCUCAAGGUGCCCCAGGCUGCAGUCUUGGAGCCAGGCGGCUGCGUCCUGCCCUGGCUGGUGGAUGCAGGGAGUCAUCUCAGUUCCCUUCCAGUCCUUCAAUUCGACCAGCAUUUAUCGAUCUCCAACUACAUGCCAGGCCUCGAUCUUCGUGCUGGGAGAAAAAGAUGACAAAAUACAGUCCCUGUCCUCAGGAAGCUCAUAGUCCGCAAUCAUCACUGUAAAAACACCUACAGCCGUAACAUAUUGCGUGUGUAUGUCCUGUCAUGUUUGCCUGCUAUCGCUUACCUUUAAUCUUCACAACCCUAUGAGGUGAGCGCCGUUAUUGACAUCAUUUCGCAGAUAGGGAAAGCGAGGCACAGAGAAGUUAAGUAACCAACCCGAGGUAACACAGCAGUAAGUGGAGCUGGGUUUGAGCCCGUGUGUGUCUGACUCCCGAGGGCUUGAGUUGCCAGUGGGUCCCCAGGUUAUGUAACAGUUGGAACUCUCUCCCUGCCAGCCUUCUGUCCCUGCCGCGCCGUGCCUUCUCCUUCUCUCCCGACCCUCCCAGCCCCCGAACCAGCCGUGGAACUGGGCAGCUGGCUGUGGUGGUAUGUGCUGCUGGGAAAGGAGCAGACCGUCCGGUGAGGGGGUUUACUGCCACGGAGAGUGUUUUUGCUGGCUGCUGCUGCAGUUGAAGCAAGCUCUCCUGGCCCACGGGGUUCAAGCACCUCCUGCGGAGCACUCUCAACAUCCUUUUGAUCACGGCUGCAAAAUAAGCAAAUACGGUUUCAAAAUAAACGGAGCUCGCUGCAUGGGUUUCAUUAUGAAAUGGCCUCAGUACUCCUGACACCAGGGGAUCCCUCUAAUUGGCCACCAGUGACGUUAGUGCCUCAUCCCUGGUCCCCGGACAAAGCAUGGGAACGACCUUGCAUCGCCCCCUUUCCUGGUUGCUCUUGCGCUCAGUGGAGGGGGUGGGGUGCAUCACAGGGAGCCUGUUGCCUUGCUCCGAGUUUGGAUUAACACUGUUUGCAGAUCAUGGCGGCCACCAUUAGUUACCAUUGUCCUUUGAGAGGAUCCUCGAAGUCACGUCAGGAUGACCUCUUGUUUUUGCGAGUCGUUGACCUCUUUCUGUGUUAGUCCAUAGAAUACGGAGGAAGCAGUUGGUCAAAGCAGUUUUUCCUAGGAUCGGGAAGUGAGAUCUCAAGGUCUCUCCCUUUCUGGAUUAUUCUAGCAGGAGGACUGGCUGUCCAGUCAGAAAAUUCCCUCCUGUGUGGCUUCCUAGCUGCUUGCCAUGGGAACCCCACUUCAUCCUGUUUCUGCGACUAUAAAACGGGGUAACAGUGAUGCUCACAGGCUUGCGUUCAGGACUAAACAAGAUACCCCGUGUUUAGCUUCAUACACUGCUGAGCACUGUGCGUGAGUCAAGAUCAAGAGCGGUGGCUUUGGAGUUGGGUAGCCUGCGAUUUGAAUUUGAAUCACGACUCUGUCCCUGACUAAUGGCAGUGUUUUGGAGAGAUGAAUCCCCUGUCUCAGUUUUCUGGUGCGUCCAGUAGGGAUGCCAGUCCUGACUCUGGGGGUGGUUGUCUAUUCGUUCAUUUUCUCAGUGAGUAUUUCCCGAGCAGUUAUGUGCGUGCCCUGUGCCCAGGGUGCCUGGGGAGUCAAGGGCAAAUGUGAGGAUUUUAGUGCACAGAGCACUUAGCACUCAACUCUCAGUAUCCAAGGUCCCUGCGCCAAUUGUUGGUCACCAGAGAGGACUUUGAACAGGGAGUCAGCUGUCGUGAAGGUGCCUGGGUCCUCGGGAGUGGUGGCCAGGCCACGGCUAGAGAACUGGGUGCUGGUCUGAGGGGCACAUUUCUAAGGGUUUGUGUCAUCCACCCUGGUAGCUUUCUCUGCAGAUUCUUUCUGCCACCUGCCUCCGGAGCUCUCCAAACAAAAUGUAGUCUUUACAAGGCCUGGAAUGUGAGCCUCUGGCUUGGGGAUUGGGUUCUGUGGGACAGUGUGACCUCUUGGUCCCAUGGUGUAGUCCCAGAAGUGAUAAGGCACAUAGCUUCCUAUGGAGUCAUAGAAUUUCCCAAUGGAGGAGAAGAAUAGUUAGAAUUCUGAAAGCAAUUGUGCUGGGAACAAUGCCGCAGGAGCCCUGGGGAAUGGCACAUUUGAAUGAGCAAUGGGGUAGUGGUGUUGGGCCUCCCAGCUCCCAGGACCACGUCCUUCCAUCUGCGCUCCCUGUCCAUUGUAUAGAUUAAUAGCAGACACACAGAACAUUAUAAAAAUUGAACUUUCACUCAUGUUUUUUUUUUUUUUCCUCCUUGUCUUUUCCUUAAGAAUCUCUUCUCCUGGGGGAAGAAUGAAGCGGGGGAAAUCGGAGGGGUAGACGAACCAUGAGAGACGAUGGACUCUGAAAAACAAA